UGGGGUUCUGUAAACCCAAUCUGUCUGCAGCCAAAAGCAGUGAGUUGUUUGAGGUAAGACUCUGAAAGAGCAGGCUGAGUUACUUGUGUAAUUCUUUCCUACUGUUCUGUUCCUGUGCAGGCUGCUGCAUUGCUGGAGACCACGUCUAGCUCACCCAGCCUCCUAGACAACGUGCUCAAUGCUUUGAGACUGGAAGGACCUUGCUCUGCAAUGAAGAUGGAGGCAGUAGGAAAAGCAGAAGAACUUGUUGAUUCAGAAAUUCCACCAAAGACUUCUGAAAAGCAAGAAACUGCUCCAGAUGAAGACAGGCCUAUAGAAGUCGAGACACAACCUGAGAAGGACAGCGUGCCCACUGCAGCAGACUCUGCAGUGCUCUCUUCCAUGCCUUGCUUGCUGAUGGAACUGAGGCGGGACUCCUCGGAGUCUCAGCUGGCAUCGACGGAGAGCGACAAGCCAGCGGGUGGCCGAGUUUAUGAGAGUGACUCUUCCAACCACUGCAUGCUUUCCCCUUCCUCCAGCGGCCAUUUGGCCGACUCAGACACGUUGUCUUCCGCAGAGGAGAACGAGCCCUGCCAAGCUGAAGCCGCCGCGGAGGGAGAUCCUUCCGCGGUGUCCGGGGCUGCGGUCGGGAGGAAAUCCAGGAGAUCCAGGUCCGAAAGUGAGACUUCAACCAUGGCUGCCAAGAAAAACCGACAGUCUAGCGAUAAGCAGAACGGCCGAGUUACCAAGGUCAAGGGUCACCGGAGCCAAAAGCACAAAGAGAGGAUCCGGCUGCUGAGGCAGAAGCGGGAGGCAGCUGCUCGCAAGAAGUACAACCUGCUGCAGGACAGCAGUACCAGCGACAGUGACCUGACCUGUGACUCCAGCACGAGCUCGUCCGACGACGACGAAGAGGUUUCAGGGAGCAGCAAGACAAUCACUGCAGAGAUACCAGAUGGACCCCCUGUUGUGGCUCACUAUGAUAUAUCAGACACAAACUCAGACCCAGAAGUGGUAAAUGUGGACAAUCUGUUGGCGGCUGCAGUAGUUCAAGAGCACAAUAAUUCUUUAGGAAAUCAAGACUCAGGAUCUGCCUGGAGAACCAGAGGGCUGCUGAAUGAAAUGAGUGCUGAUACAGGUCGUUUGGAUCCAGGCUUCCUUGCAGGUGACAAAACCUGUUGUGGUAAUGCCCAGGCCAAUGAAGAAAUUAACAUUGCCUCUUCUGACAGCGAAGUGGAGAUUGUUGGAGUUCAGGAACAUGCCAGGUGCGUGCAUCCCAGGGGAGGGGUGAUCCAGAGCGUGUCCUCCUGGAAGCGCGGCUCGCCGUUCGGGAGCGCCCAGCCCGCGCAGCCAUGGACAGCAGUGGCUCCCCAGCAGAACUGGUCCUCGCCCCCAGAAGUGGUGGACCUCACUCUGGACGAGGACACCAGGCGUAAAUACCUCCUGUGAGGCCGUGUCACUGUGCUCUGCCCCCCUGCCACCCCACCUUCCCUGGCACAGAAGUCGAGUGGUUAAAGCAUCACCUCCGGAGGCCCCGUCCUCGGCACCACAGAGCCCAAACCCUGGCGUCUCUCCACGUCCACAGGAAUGUAGGCUGAUUUCAGUAUCUCUUCCAAUGGUUUUGCCUUCUCCAAGGAGGAUUCCUGCCCAGAAUUAACAGCACCAAGUUUAAAACACGUCUGCAGUUACUAACGUGUGCGUGUGUAUCUAACGAAAUAACUGCGUGCGAGUGUACGUCCUGCCACCCUCCCCACCUCCAGGACAUUUUUAAUUUAUCAGUAUCUUGAGUUUGUUAGUAGAAGUUAGUGUGUUGCUGUGUGAGCAUCAAUGAUUUUGAGAAAUGCUGUGUCCUCACUGAUUUCAGCAGAACUGGGGGGUAUUCAACACUUCCAAAAUUUGGGCCAGGAGUAUUUUUUUUUACCCGAGCUGAUUUGGUUAUGUUACCAGCAGGAGGGAUUGUCUUUAAUGCAAACGGCCCGUAACAAAUGCACUGAACAGCUUUUAAUUAAAAUGUUUUUAUUUUCAAUGGGAUUUAUAGUUUAUACUCUUCAGUGCUGAGUCUUCUGUCUACUUGACUACUGUGUUUCACUGGUCAAUUCCCACAGCUUGGAAUGGCUAAAAUAGUAAUAGUAGUGACUUAGGAACAGCUGAACAUUGCAAAAGCACAGGA